AUGCACCAAGCCGGUCGCCUUUGGGCGCUGCUUGGAUCGCUGCUGAUUGCCAUCUCAGCAGGAAGCACAUAUGUGUUCAGUUCCUAUGCGCCCCAGCUACAGACAGCUCUGCAUCUCUCUAGCACGCAGCUGAAUGUGCUGGGUUUGGCUGGUAAUAUGGGCAUGUACAUGUCUGGUCCCCUGUGGGGUCGAUGGAUUGACCAGUCAGGGCCACAUGGUGCCGUGCUGGCAGGUGCCUUCCUUGUGCUUAGCGGGUACGGUGUGGUGUCGCGUGCGUACAAGUACGAAUGGCAAAAUAUGCCCGUUGCGGUGCUGGCCAUUUUUUGUAUGCUUACUGGUCUAGGGAAUUCGGCGGGUAACAAUGCGGCCAUCAACGUUCAAGCUAAGAAUUGGACAGGCACACACCGUGGAUCAGCCAUGGCCCUUGUGCUCUCGGCUUUUGGCCUAAGUGCUUUUGUAUAUUCGACGUUAUCGCACGUAUUUUUCUCCGGCAACGUGACAGGCUACCUGGACUUGCUAGCCCUUGGUAGUUUUGGCUGCUUCCUGACGGGAAUGUCGCUCCUCAAGGUAAUUCCGCCUACCCAAGAGGAAAUUCAUGCGGAGGCAACCCGCCACCACGCGGACUACCGCCGGGUGCCUGAUGAGGAUCAUGAGGCACAUCAAUCGAGGCCAUGGCCAAAGCAUCUGAGCCGUUUGCGUAGCUCGUCUGAAACAAGUGCCCGUGUCAUUGCGUGGAUUCGCGAUGUGGCUGAAGCCGAAGAGACAGUGGACGAUGAGGAUACGGACGAUGACGAGAAUGAGGAGGAAAAUCCUUACCAGGAGAAUAUCGCUGGUUGGGCGCUGGUCAAGAACGUGGACUUUCUGCUGCUGUUCGCGAUCUUGGGACUGGUUAGUGGCUCGGGACUGCUGCUCAUUAACAAUGUGGGCAUGAUCACGCAUGUGUUGUACGAUUACGCACACAGACAGGACAAACAGGCGAAUGCUCUUACGCAGAUGCUUCUGCUCCUGAUCAAGGGCGGCAAGGGCCAUGAAAUCCAACGAAUUCAGGCGCUGCAGGUAUCGUGCAUCAGUCUAGGAAAUGCCCUGGGUCGCAUUGUGAUUGGUAUCUUUUCGGAUAUGGUUGUGCUGCGCACCAAGCAGCCAACCUACCGCACCUACCUGAUCAUUCCUGUGGUGGUGCUUGCUACCAUUUCGCAGGGUCUCUUUGCUCUGCCCAACGUCAUCAACAGUGUGGAACACCUGAUGCUGGUGUCGUGCCUGACGGGGCUUAUGUACGGUACCCUCUUUGGUCUGUUCCCGGUACUUGUCUUUGAAUGGUUCGGUAUGCAAUCGUUCAGUCAGAACUGGGGCUGGAGCAGCUUUGCUCCUGUGAUUUUCGGCAAUGUAUACAAUUUACUAUUCGGCGUCGUGGAGAGGAGUGCUACCGCUCUGUCUUCAUUGUAA